AUGCAUUCUCUCCGUGUAGUGCGUUCUAGUGCCACAAGAGCGGCACUCCGGCCUUCAUUGUUAGGAGUGACCGUUGCUCAUUACCAUACCACCCGUCCUCAUUAUCGAGCUUCGGAAUCCGCCCAAGAUACCACGUCUCCUUUUGCCAAAAUCGCUCAGGGCAUCAACACGCUGCGCUCGACGAUCCUGACGACCACCCCGCUGCGUCACGUCACCAAACCCGCCAUCGAUACGUUGCCAUUUACGGGUACAGCGCAAAGUUGGAACGACGCUAUUCGCGAAGCCCGCAGUUUAGUAUUGAACAGUGAUAAUGAUCGCAUUGUGGAUCCGGCCAAAUUGGUGGGCAAGGAUUUAUGGGAACUCAAAGGGAACAUCACCAAGUUGCUAGGUUCCGGACAUCCAUUUUUGGACACCAUUGCCAAUUAUCUGAGCAGCGACAACGAUCAUCUUCGACCCUUGUUGGUUCUCCUGGUUGCGCAGGCAACCAACUGCGCGACGACCCCAGCCUCCGUACAUCCGAAUCAUAACGUCACUGCGGCCACGGUCGAUCCGGAUAUGGAUAUGGAUAUCUCAUCCAAGCAACGACGAUUAGCCGAGAUUGCUGAUAUGAUUCACACAGCUUCUCUUUUACACGAUGAUAUUAUUGAUUCGGCGGAAAAACGACGGAUAUCUUCGGCCACGACCGUAUUUGGCAAUAAAAUGGCGGUGUUGGCCGGUGACUUUUUGUUGGCACGGGCGUCAUUGGCAUUGGCGCAGUUACGGAAUGCGGAGUGCAUUGAAUUGAUGGCGACGUGUAUCGCGAAUUCUGUGGAAGGCGAAUUUAUGCAGUUGCAAAACACACGCGAAGAAUCCAUGACGGAUCUGGACUACUACAUGGAAACCACUUACAACAAAACAGGCAGUUUAAUAGCCCAAAGUUGCAAGUCAGCGGCCGUUCUCAGUGGAUGUCCCACCGAUUUCACCAACGCCGCAUAUCGUUAUGGUCGCAAUCUGGGUAUCGCGCUUCAGUUAAUGGAAGAUGUGCGUGUGUUUGGUGAAAUGGCGGCCAAUCUCGGAAAAUCGGCGAGGACCGAUCUGCAGAUAGGGUUAGCACCUGCGCCUUUGUUAUUCGCGUGCGAGGAAUAUCCUGAAUUGAAACCAAUCAUUCAACGCCAAUUCAAGGAAAACGGAGAUGCAGACAAGGCAAGAGUCUUGGUCUAUCAAAGCAACGGUUUGAAAAAGACCUUGGCCUUGGUCACUCAACAUUGCGAUCAAGCCGUAGCUGCCAUCCAGACUUUACCUCGUUCCAAAGCCCAAUCAGCCCUCAUCCAACUGGCUUCCAACUUACCCUCACGAUCAUAG